AUGAACAACUUCCCAGCCUCAAAGUCACUAACACCAUCCAUACAUACAGCACAACAAACCAAUGGCCCAAUGCUGCACCUCAUCACACACCUAAUCCAGCGCAUCUGGAGAAGACCCGUGACACUCGCUCUCACCUUCCUCACCGUCUUCCUCAUUGCGCCACUAUUCCUCUACCAUCUCCUGGCCUACUACCUCGCCAACGAUCCCCGUCUCGUCCCCAGCGCAUUCCGCACCGCCAAGAAUAUCCUCCUCGUCACCGCGCACCCAGACGAUGAGACCCUCUUCUUCAGUCCGAGUAUUCUCUAUCGUAAUGAUGAUGCGACCGUAACCCGGGGUUUGUUGGCGCUUUCGUCUGGUAACUACGAAGGCAUCGGCGACAUCCGCCGCAGCGAACUCCAACGCAGCUGUGCCGAACUCGGGAUUAAACGCGAGCGAUGCGUGAACCUGGAUCACUAUGAGCUGCAGGAUAAUCCGCAGAAAUGGUGGAGGGAGGAUUUGAUCGAGGAGCUUGUGGGGGAGUAUGUUAAGAAAUGGAAUAUUGAUUUGAUUAUUACGUUCGACGACGGGGGUAUAUCUGGACAUGUUAAUCAUCGGGCCGUUAGUGCUGGUGUUAGUGAUCUAGUAAAUACAUAUCCAAAACCCCACAAGGCCCACCAGCGUACGCACUACAGACCAAAUUCCUUCUACGAAAAUACGCCGGUCUAG